ACUCCACAAUCUAUCCGAUCCGACUAAUUGACACAGUGAUGGCGUCCUCUCCGCCUCUGCCCGUGCUUGAACUGUUACUGCACACUCUCCUAGCCCUUCACCUGUUAGAUCGUCAAAUCCUUCACGGCUUUUCCGGGUUCCCCUUCCUCGACGAUCCUCCGGUCAGGUUCAUGGUCAGGUUUGCAGUUUUCGUUUCUGAUUCUUUCCUGCGUGGCUUUGCUACAGGCUCUGCGCACGCAUCUGUUAUCGAUCUCCUCUCGACAAUUUGCGAAAGACUGGCUUGAACUGUUUCGGCAAUUUGCGUUCGGACGACCUAAUUUCCCCCCGCUGUACCGCGCAUCUGUACCAUGCUGCAAGCUCUGGGAGAGUACUCGUGGGCAUACAACACAGCCCCCUCUAAUCUCAGGUACGUUGCACUAUAUUCCUUGCUUUCGUGUGCUUCUUAAGUCAGAUUUGCGCAGCUCAAAUUCUGCUGCUUCGAUCUGCUGUCUUUCUCCCGUCCUUCGAACAGUAUGGUCCAUUUGCGACAGAUCUGCUGUAUAUGUGCAGUUGCAUGACGAUUCUACUCUCCCCUCCCUUCACCCUCGCGAGUGUCCCCUGCGACCUCGCUAUCUCUUGUGCCCUCGACCUGCCUAUGCUUGCGCAUGGCGUUUUGACUCGGGUUGCCACUCCGGCUCCCAGUCAGCCUCUCCAGAAUGCUGUGGCCCUGGCCUAUGCUUCCCUCCCUCUCUUCCUCCCACCUCCGUCUUCCCUCCGACUAACUUGGCCGCGUGGCUUUCUCGCAUGUGUGUCGGGGAUCCAAUCUUUUUCCGCUUCACACCUCGGACUCGCUGGCUCUCCCUCUCCCGCUCGCUGCAUCCCGCCGCGCCUCCGCUUUUCCUCCGUCCUCGCCAACCUCGGACGCACCAGCGAUCUACCUCAGGUAAGCUGCGUGUCAUUGUGUGUCUACGCGCGACUGAUUCUAUGCUUGCCUUCUCGCCCUCCGCCUGCCCAAAGCAGAUCUUGUCGCAAGUACUUUUUCGGCCAGCACUACUCUUCCUCUCUCCCUCCCGACAUCUGUGGCUGCAAGUGCUGUCCUUUCCUUUUCUUUCCCUCUUCUGCCAACUAUCCAGCUUCGCGCUGCUUCCCUCUCACACGGUGAGCGUCCUCUUCCUCUUGGCCUCGGGACUCGGGCUGCCGCUCUGGCUCCCAGUCCGGUAACAGGGUUUGCUGUGGCCCUCGCCCACGCUCCCACUUCUCAUUUACUUGGCAUCCCCUUCGAGCCUGGCGCCUUGCCUUGGCCUCGUCCGUCACUCCUUUCUGCCCAUUUAUGCACUCUGCUUUUGUUACUGCCUCUCUUUCUCCUGUUUCCACUGCGUCUCGAGUGUUACGUUCUUGCUAGCGAGGUUUGUCACCAUCUGCAUCUUCACCCCCUCGUUCCCCCCUGCACACGCUGCGUUCUUUCACUUGCGGAUUGUCGCAGCUUGCAACCUCGUUCCUUCGUCCCUCCCUGCUGUUGUCCCUCUCCCCACUCUUGCUCCUCCGCUUCCCACGUCUGCGCCCUUCAAUGCUUACCUCAGUCCGUGUUUUACGCCCCCAAAAGCUGUGACCUCUGUCUAGGCCGCUUGGCGCUUCGCGCGACCCAGCUCUUGCCGUGGCCCCUGCCUCUUUUGCCCAUCGAUCAGUCACCUCCCUCACCCCCCCGCCUCGGCCCUGUCCUGGCUGGUUCCCCCGCUUUCUGUCCUUCGGUUUCGUUGCACUGUCUUGUCUCCGUGGCAGCCCCUUGGCGUCCCUCGGUUCGAAGUCAUUAUGCUGCUCUCCACCACGGCCUUGGUGCAGUCGCCUUCGCCAUCCCUCCUGCUUUUUCCCUGCUUUUUUCUUACCUCGUCCCCCUACCCUGGCUUGGAUGUGGUGGCCUGGCCAGACCGGGCCGCCAUAUCCAGUCUUAUCACUAUCUCCUCUCCUCUACUUUGGUCUCCUCUGCUCGCGCUGCCCGCCUUGCCGUGGCCUUCCGGAAAAGCCCCAGCCGCGCCACAACCCCCCUACAUCCACGCCUCUCGAUGGGGGGGGCGCAAGCGAGCCUGUUUGUGCCCCAUCCCGAGCUUGUCAAGACAGCUGCUCCCCCCUUGCUUGAACAUUCUCCGCCUCUGCUCUGUCCCUUACUUCACUUACAUUGCAUACCGGCUACUCUUUUUUUUUUUUUUUUGCCCAGUGGAUGAGUAUGCUUUGGCAUAUUGGGGCCCACGUCUGGUUAAUAUGUUUGUAGGGCUGAGAAAUGCCCUUAGAAUCUUUCCAGAGACUAAGUCCCAGUUGUAAAAGACUUGAGUAGUGCACAGGGCUGACUUUUCAAAAAAAGGCACUCUGAUUU